AUGUCCCAGCCUCCCACUUCUCCCCUCAAGAAAGCCGCAAAUUUCGUCCUCCGUCUUGGUAAACGGGCACGUGGGGGUGACGGCGCUGACGACGACAAUGAUGAGGACCUGGCUCCAGCCGCCAAACGUAGUGCCACUAUGCAAUCAAAGGGCACAUCGACACGUCGUAGUCCGUUACCAGUGACUCCCAGUCGAAACACUCCCGCCCCCGAGCGAGAUCCCGGGGCAGACCUUCCCAAGUUGACUGCGACUCCCAGGAAUGUUGGCAUGUGGGUGGGUAAGUUUUCUGCGAAUAUGAAUCCAGACAAAAUAACCAUCCUAGACCCAACACCUGAAAGGGAAACCAUCGACCAAUUUCAAAGGACGGGAGCGCAAUUUCAAGCCUGGAUGGCCAAAACCAACCCAGAUGGGCCUGCAUGUCCAGUGUCCCAGUCCACACUAACCAUUGACGAUCUAAUCGAACCCAAUCACCCAGAUCCCAAGUCAAUGUUUAUUGUAUGGAAAAGCGAGCUCGUUGCCUCACCGGUUGAAAUCAGAGAGAGUCUUAAAUCGACAGCCCUUCCAAGUGAUCCGAAAUCGAAAAAGUACCGUUAUACAAGUAUACAGCGCAAUAGAAAAAUGCGCGAUGUGUCCAAUUACGAGCAUUGCAUCGUAGAGGGUGCUAUCGUUGCUAAAUCGAUUUACAGAAAUAAUGGGGGACCCUAUUGGGGUGACGUUGCUCUAGCUUUAUACAAACAGGAUGCGGAAAUCGACACUCUCCGAUAUGUUUUUGCGACAACAGUUGAGAAUGAUGAGACCCUCCCUUUGGUUGGGAAGGUGCUCUACCGAAAUAACAACCUCCCGGGUCCUGGUAACAGAGCCUCCACUCCAACAAUCCAUACUUGGCAGAUGGAUACUCCAGAGUUCCAGCAAAUCCUAGGAACACAGCUGGGGAGGGCGGUGGCUCGUCUUGUUCUAAGCGCUUGGCGCAAAGGUACUCAUCAGAUUCCUAGAAUCCACACUUGGUUUUUGAGAGGCAACCUGCAUAUGCGGUUUGAUAUUGAGCCGAGGGUUCCAGCUGGUGCUCGUCCCCCUCCUUCUGGUACUCCCCCUCCUCCUCGUACUUCUCGUAGUUCUCGACGUGCAGGGGCGACUUGA